AUGGACUGCGUAACUUCUGGUGUGCCAAACCCUGAAGUAUCCUGGAGCCUUCCAGAUGGCACAGUUGCCAACACUGCCUUUCAGUCACAUGACAGCAGAAGCCAUUUACAUUAUGUCACCUUUGCCAAUGGCACACUAUUACUGAAACAGAUUAACAAGGAGGAUGAGGGGGACUAUAUAUGUUAUGCUAAAAAUGCAUUAGGGGAAGAUGAGAUGAAAGUGAGUGUCAGAGUGGAAUCUCCCAUGAUUGUCUCCAACAACAAAAAUUCUGUGUGGGCUCAACUUGGGAAGCCAGCACAUAUGAAAUGUACAUUUUAUGGGAAUCCUCCCAAUACAGUGACAUGGCUUUCUCCUAGCAAAAAUGUGAUUUCAUCCACUUCCACCCAUCACCAAAUUCUUAAGGAUGGAACACUAAUUAUCCAAAAAGUCACUUUAAGUGAUGAAGGGAGGUACAUGUGUUUUUCACAGAAUUCUGCUAUUAAUAGCAUAGAGCUCGAAGUGGAACACAAGGAGCCAUACAUUAAUGGACACAGGGGUGCACGCAGCACAAAUAUUUUAGCAGUGUCUUACCAAACUACUCUAAUGGACUGUAUAAGUGAAGGCAAGCCCGAGGCACACAUUAUCUGGACAACAUCAUCUGGCUUGUCCUUGCCAAUGCCAUAUGAGGGUGGCAGGUUUCAAGUACAUAAGAAUGGCAGCCUGGAGUUGCGAGGAGUUAGAAAGUCUGAUGAGGGUCAGUUCAAGUGUGUUGCAAGAAAUAGCUUGGGUGAAGCUAGUCUCACUGUCACUUUAAAAGUAGAAACACUUGCUGAAAAGCCCAGCUUCUCUAAUCCGAAUAUAGAAGUUUAUCCUAUAAAGUCAGAUGGUAGUCAUAUAACUUUAGAGUGCAUUGCAACUGGUAAGCCAAGACCAGUAUUUGUAUGGAUUCUGCCAAACAACACUCAGAUUAUUCCAGGAAUGAGACUACACAGGUUUGCACAUUUCGUAGGGAAUGGAAUCCUACACAUUGCCAGCCCUGUGACUGCUGAUAAAGGCAUUUACCGUUGCCUGGCAAGAAAUGUGGCAGGGCAAGCUGAGAAACGAUUUGAACUACACACAGGAAAAAAACCUUAUAUUCGAGGAAGUGGCGGUCCCAUAAAGAUUACUUUUGGGCAUACUUUGAACAUGCCAUGUAAUGUUGAGGGCUGGCCAGAGGCCUCAGUGUCUUGGACACUUCCAAAUGGUCUGACUCUGGUAAAGCCACAGAUCACUGGCAGAGUAUUAUUUCUGGAAAACAAUACACUGCAGGUACAAGAUACAGCCACAUUUGACAGAGGAAUUUACAUAUGUAAAGCUACUAAUACUUAUGGAUCGUCUUUCUUGUCCUACCCAGUCACAGUCAUGGUAUACCCUCCAAAAAUUACAACUGCACCUGCCUCUGUAAUAAGAGUUUACAGGGGGUCAUCUGUGUCACUGAACUGCAUUGCCAUUGGUAUUCCCAAGCCUGACAUCUCUUGGACUUUGCCUGGACGCACAACACUUGUGCCCAACAGUCCUUUCAUAGCAGAAGGUGGAAUUCAUAUGAUGGGGGAAGGUAGUCUGGUCAUUCAAAACCCAGGCCUGAUGGAUUCUGGAAUUUAUAAAUGUAAUGCAAAAAACGUACUUGGGACAGAUUUUAAAGCAACUUACCUGCAAGUUGUCUAA